GUUGACGUUUGUGAUGAGGAUCAGCUGUCACGGGACUGCUAUGUGGGAGCUUCACUGUCACUCCCUCACUUCAUAAGACUACAUGAGAGCACGCAUGGAACCGGUCCAAGCAUAAACAAACAAAGAGAAGCGAUAGCAUUCACCGAGACGGCAGAUUUUUUGGCUGAAUAUUUAUGGAGGAGGUCCAGCAGGCAUGGCCACCAGACUGCUGGAGCAGGUGAGCCAGUCUCUCACCUUGCCCACAGAAUAUUGCUGCCAGGGUUCUCUACCAGACUUGGUGGAGAGCUUCGUGUAUUCUCCUUGGCUAAGGGCUGUAGUCAGAGAUGGAACAUUCUCGCCCCCUCCACUACAUGACACCCUCAGUGCAGCAGAGGUUCAGUCUUCCCUGCAGCUUGGAGAGAGAAUAGGGGACCUGUGGCAGAGAGUACUAAUUCAGGUUAUUCCGAAAAAUGAAAUUCGGGUGUAUCCACUGGCCAGAAACUCAGGACAUUCACCUGGGUUGAUGGCAGAUGUUUCCUACUCACAGUUGCUUCAUUAUGUUGCAACUUCCAAUAACAAGAACUUAUGGAAAGAUGCCUACAAGAAAUACUCAGACCACGGUGUAGCAGUACAGUGGAAGGGAGGAGCCCAGGUGGGAACAGACAGCUUAAACAAUGUUCUAAGGGAGGUCCUGUGGAGGCUGUAUGGCUGCAAAAUUAUACCAAUACAAGGAGAGUCUCGUGUGCACUCUGGUAUACAGAACAGUCGUGUCCACGGCCCACACUCUAACACACUGCCUGCGAUCUGUGCCCUUGAAGGAGACCAGUCUAUGUUUGUUAUCCUCAGCAAUGUUCAUCAUAAUGUACAACAGUGUGUCUCAUUUAGCCCUGCCAAAUUAAAUGGGUCUGAAGCUCGGCCACUGUUUGUACUGUACCAGAUAUUAGAAGCAGCUAGAGACACACAUGAUCGGGGUCUGCACCUUGGAGACUUUACCCUCAGUCACCUUUUCAUUGAUGAUUCCCUCUACCUCAGCUUUCUGCCCAGGAUCCAGGAUAAUUUGAUUCACCCAGAUUCACUACAGCCUUUACCUGUACCAAGAGAAAAGGCAGGGAAUGAAGUCUUAUUGGAGGUGGACUCGAGGGGGGAGAAAUCCUAUAGGAAAAUUUCACUCCCGUUGGAUGCAUCUCAGUGUAUGGUGGACCGGGAAUUUGAACACACGUUUGACAAUCAAGAUCACGGUGAAGAAAACAACAUUGCCUCUCAAAGUAAACUAACUGGCUCUGUGUUAAUGAACAGUCUUUUGACUAUAACGAGAAAAAGUGAUGUUUGUGGUAGUGAUUGUACAGUGAAGGAUGUUGUUAGUGAGGAGUCAAAGAAUCUGAGUGAAGCAAAUCAGUUUGAUACAAGAGUGCUAGAAUAUCAGAGACUCCUGUCCAGUGAGGAGGCAUUUGAUGUCUUAAAGCAGGUGGACAGCAACAAUACUCAAGAUGCAGAGUUGGAAAUGGUCCUCAAGUGUUCUUUGGUGCAGCUCACACAACUCUGGGUUGGGCACCAGAUAACAACUCUUGAUUACCUACUAUGCCUUAAUUUUUUUGCGGGUCGGAAGUUCAACUCGCCCCGCCAUCACCCUACUGUGCCCUGGGUGACAGACUUCUCCAGUAGAAAUACUGGAUGGAGAGAUCUUACCAAAACUAAAUUUCGAUUGAAUAAAGGGGACCAACAGUUAGACCACACCUAUCAGAUGGCAGCUAGUCAUGGCCAAAGCAAACAAGCAGUUGCACAUCAUGUAACAGAAGUCUUCAGUGAAAUCACUUAUUAUGUCUACAAGGCCAGGAUAACCCCCAAGGAACUGUUAACCAAGUAUGUCCGUCAACAGUGGGUGCCAGAACAUUAUCCAGCAACAAUUACUCGCCUCUAUCUCUGGACUCCAGAUGAAUGUAUACCUGAAUUCUACACAGACUCAUCUAUUUUCAAGAGUAUUCAUCCAGACCUGGGUGACUUGGAGGUACCUGAGUGGUGUGCAGAUAUUGAGGAUUUCCUGAACUUCCAUCGAACUGCCCUUGAGAGUGAACGUGUAUCACAGCGUCUUCAUCAUUGGAUUGAUCUCAACUUUGGACACAAGUUGUCAGGUGGAGCAUCAGUGAAAGCCAAGAAUGUGUGUUUACAGCUAGUGGAUGCUCACACAACCCUCUCAUCGGGAGGAGUGGUUCAAUUGUUCACAACUCCCCACCCUCCAAGGCUUACAGCAUCUCCAUACCUUGGCAGAUCUCCUCCCAAGUUGAACAUUUCAGCACAGCAAGAAACAAAAUUUGAAAAAUCUGAUGAAACAAGUGAGGCAGACUCGGCACCUGAAAGACAAGAUGAAGAAAUGGAGAAUAUUAAGUCACUCGCUCUCUCCAGAAAAUUAAGUCGAUCGAGAACUUCUCUUUUUGAGGAAAAACAAGCAGAUUUACCGAGUAUUCAGAUAUCUCAUGAUUAUAAUCCACUCAUAGCUCUUAAUCAGUUGGAAAUGUUAUUUAAUUUAGUAUUAAAGUCAUCAAGAAUAAUUCCAGAGCAACCUACUAAGUGUAGAGACAUUCAACAGGCUGUUAAGCAGGCAGCUCACUUAAGACGUGUCCGAGACAUGCAAGCUGUCGGGUGUAUCAUUGUGGAAAUGUUCUCACCUUCCAAGUGUCGAAUUCUGAGCACUAAAGCUUCACUCAGAGAGAGAUACAUUCAUGCCCAUAAACUUCUCACCCAUGAUCAGACAGACAUACCUCGGUGCAUUCGCCACACUUUACAAGUAAUAUUUCAGAUAAAAAACUGGAAGGAUGUGAAAGACAACACACUGCCUAACAAGUACGAGCCUGUGUCAUCUGAUGGUUUACCUCCACCAAGUCCACACCAGUUACUUCAACCCCUAAUUAAUGUCAUUGUCUUCCCGUCAUAUUUCCCGAAACUUUAUAGAUUUGUUUGCAAGAUGAGACAAUACUCACAGCUACUGAAUGAGGCUCAUAUGAUGCUCCGUGAACCUCACAAGAGGAAGGAGUAUAUUCUCAAAGUGGCAGAGAUCAGAGUCAAGAUGGCUGCGAAAGAUUUGCCGAAUUUGUUACCGAUUCUCUCGGCUGAAGGUUUAGACCUCGUUCUGCCAUACCUGAUUGAGCUGUUUGAGUAUCCUGAAAGUGCAGUUAAUGCUGCCUGGUACCUGACUAGUGUUAUAGCUCAAGCCCUUGGACCAGAGGAGGCAAAUAAACACCUCUUGCCCCCAGUAGUCAAACUCUUUGAAGCUGAAGUUGUGACGGACAAACACCUCAAGCUCUUCCAUCGCUCUUUUCUCCUGCAGUUGAUAGUCUGGUUUGGUCUGCACAAAUUUCUCACAUUUUUUGUGACACCUCUGAUAGAAGGAGUUGGAGGAUAUAAAGAAGUCCUUGGCAAGUCUCAUCAGUCUGCAGAAAUUGUGAGGAAGCAGUCAACAACUCUCAAGAGUGUGGACAUCAGCCUUGGCACUGAAGGCAUAACUUCACCCUGUGAGGAAGAUUCUCAUUCGAGCACAACAGAGCUCACCCUUAGGAUGGAGUCCGAGUCAACCGGGAAUGCUCGUGUAGAGGCCGACCUCACCGACGCUGAGGCCGAGGCCGAGCCAGAGGUGUUUGUGUUUGAGGGGGGUGAGGAUGAAGUAGAUGCUAGUUCCCCAGACACUCCACUUCAAGAUGCUAGUGACCAGCUCAGGUCGCCUUUGGCAUCAGAGACUCUAAGUUUAGAUGAAGUGUCUCUGCAGGAAGGAAUAGGAUCAAUCCCAUCUCUGUGUCCAUCUCCACAUUCUCCAUCCAUGAGUGGAGAUGAGGAGGAACCAGUGAGUGACCCAGACACUCCCACUCCUCUUGCUGCUGCUUAUGGUGCCUCAUCUGGCUCUACCACAACCAGCAUUAAUAUUCCAAAGGGUGGACCAGUUAGUGUGUCAGUGUUAAAAUCAGAUGACGAAUAUUCCACCUCGCUUCCAGACUUCCGUUUAGAUAAAGACAGAUACAUCACUAAUAUUGAUUUUGGUGAAAAUAGCAAAGAUUCCUUGAAAACUUCUUAUAAGGGUGCAGAUAGUCAAGACACUAAACAAAAGAUGGAUCUUGAUCAUAACAUGUCCGAUGUUUGUUGUGAGAGCGUUCUGUGGUUGGCAGGAAGAUUAGGUCCCGUCCUCACGUCGCGCUAUGUGACACGUAAUCUCCUGCGGAUGCUGACCCUCUGCUACCUCCCAGACUCUGGUGCUCUUGUCCCGAUUCCUGUUGAUCCGUCAGAUGAACUCUCAGUCACAAGGAAGCGCAUUUUUGGUGAUCAUUAUGCUAAGAAAGUGCUGCACUGUCUCUCAGAAAUUGCUUGUUUAUAUGGUGAACAAGUUAUUUUACUUCAAUACUUGUGCCACAUCUGUGAGUUAGUGGCUUCCUGCAGACGUAAGUUGUCAGCAACGAUGGAAGGAGGUCUUCUAGGAGCCAUGGCUCUCUUACAGCACCUUCUUCCAUAUCUUACAGACAGUACUUUCAUGGAACAUUUACAGGAAACCUUAAUACGUAAUGCAGUGUAUCCUGUCAUUCGUCUCUUGUCGUCGACCAAAGUGAAUUUUCCCCACGGUGGAGCAGCACGAGGGGUUUUAGCUUGCCGAGUUAUUGAUUGCCUUUUUAUCAUGGCUCUGAGAGUUGGCCGAGAAAUGAGUAAAAGUAUCUUGAUGCCCACCGUCACAAGACUAAUGACGGCCUUUGAUAAGUGUCACAAUAAUUCUUCAAGCCAGCUCGGUGCAUCACCAAGAUCACUUGAGGCAGAAGAAGUGCUAGGUGUUGGUGAUGAGGCAGCGUCAUCGUCGUCAUCAGGUCUCCAAGCAUCUCCUGGAACUAAUGUAGACUCUGUUAAAGCAAAGGCCUUAGAGGAACUUAAGCAGGUUCUGACGCCUGAACUGGCCUACCUCUCGUAUGUACCACUGUGCAGGUUCUUGGGAGCAUCUUACAUGGAAGCAACUCUGCCCAAUCAUGAUCUCUUGCGGUCUCUGUGUCUUCAGUACGAUGAAAACAACCAGGCUGAUCAUGCUGCAGUAUUGACAGAUGAUGGCUUGGCAUUAAACAACUCCACAGCUGUGGUAGAUGACACAAGUGGAAGAAAAACAAACAACCGGAGCCCCAACGUGGCCGUCACUGGGAACAGGAUCGACAUAAGGGAUGCCCCAGAUGGCUUCUCCAACCCUCAGUGUGACCUUCCUCCUUCCAUUGGCUUUGACACCACAGUUGAUAUAACAAAAUACACUGGCAGCAGAAUGGAGAAUACUCAAAGGCAUUUACGAGGAAAUUGGCUGGCUUACUGGGAGCAUGAGAUUGGCAGAAGUGAACAAGAUGCCAGAUUCAACUUUAAACAAAUCAAACUACAGACGUUUAUAGGGCACACUAACAGCGUGAAAUCUAUACACGUACUUGACAAUGAAAAUUCCUUCAUCUCUUGCAGUAAAGAUAAGACUGUGAAGCUGUGGUCCUUACGUAGCCAGGGUGAUGGAAAUGCCCACAUCAGUGCACAGUGGACGUACACCGGUCACAAGAAGUCUGUGUUUGGGGUCACUUUCUCUGACUCAAUGCGGUAUGCUGCAUCUUGUGACUCCACUGUUCACGUAUGGGAUCCCUUUAUCUGUGCGGGGGUGAAGCAGCUGGAUUCCCUUCGUCAUAGUCCUGUCACUGUACUGACGGCUAUGGCUGCACCUUCCACACAGUUAGUGGCAGCAACAACAGAUGCAACUCUCAAGUUUAUUGACCUGCGUACCUGUAACUAUACCCACGAGUUUAAGGUAUCCAUGGGAGGUGCAGGUCUAGUUCGCUGUAUUGACACAAGUGGUGACGGACGGCUCGUCACGGUAGCGCAUUCCUCUGGUGUUAUUUCAGUUCUUGAUACACGAACAGGACAUCUCCUUUCAACCUGGAAGCCACAUGAGGGAGAGGUUCUAUGUAUGAGGUGGUACAAAGAUGGAACAUUCAUCAGCUCAGCUUUGGACCAGACUGUAUCAGUUUGGAGUGUGGAUGAUAACAAACUCAAAUUCACUCUGAGGGGUCCAACUGAACCAGUCCAUUUGAUAUGUCUCUAUGGAGAUGAAGUGAUUACUGGUACUACUGCCAACCGCAUUGGUGUCCACACAUCUGUGUCCCCAACAGCAUCUUUCUCAUCAACAAGACUAAGGUCAGACACAUUCCGAGGUGUUUUAACAACAAUGGCUGUUUUACCACUUAAUCGGUUGCUUCUUUUAGGAGCUGAUAAUGGAACUAUAAGACUACUUUGCUGAAAUACAAACUUUUAAAUGAAACUAACAUGAAAAGAAUUUCCCAUCAUCACAUCACAUAAAGAAGUGAGACUCCUUAAAUGAAAAUUAAUGAUCAUAUUAAUAAUUUCCGACUAGCAUAUCAUAUCAAUCUUACAAGAAGUGAGAGACUCAGACCACAAAGUCCAUCCCAUAAUAAUAAACUUAGUGUUACGGUGAAUAUAUAACUGGAAACUUAUGAAAGGAAACACAGUGUUUUGAGUUUACGUUUACAAAUAUCUUUGCACUGCAUUUACAGUUCUGUAACAUUGACCUAUACUUUCUUUCUCAUAUCUUUACUCAACUACCACUUCUGUGUGAGUUGGAUUAAUGGAGACAGAAACCUCAAAGAAAGAAAGAGAUAAUUAUUAGGGGGGAGGUGAGAGAUAAUGAUGGGGAGGGGUUGAGAGAUAAUUAUAGAGGGAGGUGAGAGAUAAUUAUAGGGGAGAGGAGGUGAGAGAAUUAUAGAGGGAGGUGAGAGAUAAUGAUGGGGGGAGGGGUUGAGUGAUAAGUGAAGAUAUCAACAGGAAUGGGCUAAAACAACAAAUAAAAACCACAGGAAAGGGAAAAUGAUAAUUGAAUGAAUCAAGACAAGUGUAGAGAGUAAGAAGAAAGGGCCAAUAUUCACACAUAAUUGUUACCUGAACUUUGAUAUUCACAAUUUGAUUAUUACUCGUAACUUUGGAUGCAUAUAUCACUCUCUGCUUCUGUUGGCAUUAUUACAGGUCACUGUUAAUCUCAAACACAUGAAGUUAGUUUGAUUUAUAUAGUAAUCUUUCUUAUCUCAGUUUUAGUCAUUUAUAAUUUUAGUUUAUUUCAAUGUUUGGUUCUCUGUUGAACCAUCCAUUGUGUUACUGAGCUGUAGCUUUAUGCACCUAAGUCUAUUCAUUUUAUUUCCUGAACUGUACUGUCACUGAUAUUCAUGUACAGGUACAAAGCUGUCUUGAGUAAUUCAAUGACACACUUCUCUUUUAAUAUAUAUUUUUAUGUUUGUAUUUCACUUAGUUUAUUGAUUUAAUGAAAUUAAUAAUUAGUAUAUAUAUUUUAUUCACGUUCAAAACAAUGAACACACAGAAUAGGUAGGAGAGGCUUAAGUUAGUACAGGUAUCUACAGUAUCAGGCUUAGAGGCCAUAAUGUAUUUGGAUAUGCAACAUACCUGUUUUAGCAAAAUAUUUACAACCUACAUAUCACAACCAUUUUCAAAUGUUCAUAAUUAGCUUUAGUCACCUUUUCAAUACCUAUCCGGUACCUUUUAUAUAUAUAUAUAUAUAU